AAUAAUUUCGUGAAAUGACAAAAAGCAUCCUAAUUUGAUUAAAGCGUAUCAAAUUCCUCCCCACAGAGAAUUACCAAGCAAAAACGAGUGAAGACGAAAGCGGAAGUAUUCCAAGAAAUCACAGCAAACAUCGUAAGCUACCAUCGACAGUUGCAGUCGGCUUCAGAAGAGGCGGAAACGGCCGAUAACUCCGAGUUCGACACUGACGAGGCGUCACGUGGGGGCGUGGAUGUUGACGUCAUCAACGACGGGGAGGAGACGGGGGCGGGAGGCGUGAACAAUGCCGCUUACUGCGAAGAUCACUUCUCGGACCUGGCUGUCGACCGUUUCUUUCGUCGUAACGGGUCCCUCUCCAGUUGUGAGGAAGACGAGGAUGAAGAUUUAGCCACCAAUGGUCUACGUUUAGACGAUUUGCAAAUUCCUGAAUGGUCUAUCGAUCCACUAGGAGGCGUUUUAAAGUCGAGUCCUCACAGAAAACUCUCCUCAAGGUCAUGUGGGCCUCCAAAAAAUCCUAACUAUGAAAUGCACCCCUUUAGGAAGCGGUCAGAUUCCUAUUUCGUGUACCCACGAUUCCAGCAGAAAAACCCUGAGCCUCCUUUUUUUAAUGGAAAUGUAAUACCUUUGAAUGGGCGAUUUGAUUUUGGAUCAAAUUCCAACUUAGCACCUCGUCUUUCUGGGAGGGAUAUGCGAGCAGCACCAAGACAUUCUACCAAACGCCUUGUUCGUGCAGCUGCACUAGAUGAGAAUACGGACAAUACGCCGUCGUUGGGCUGCUCUGGGAACUUAUCUAGCGAGUCAUCUCUAGCAGAUCGUUCAUCCUCUCUCACACCAGCCAAUGAACGACGUCAUUCGUUUUCCCCUCCACGGACUACCGAGAGCCAUUGUUCUGGAGAUGUGGAUCACAGCAGAACCCCAACGAUAUCUUUGCCUUCCGCCGUAAACCCUGACGAUGUAACGAUCGACAGCGUGGAAAACCAUCCACUUUCAAGUGCAGCUAAUCCAGAUGCAAAUGGCAACGCAGCGUCUAAUUUGUUUGCAAACCUCGAACCGUUGUUGCCUCUGAAUGACGGGAUGGUCAAUAUUCCAAUCGACCCCGUGAUCCUUGAUUCGUCCAGUCCUCAAAUCCCCAGCUCCCAAUCCAGCCAUACUCUUUCUGUAGCACCGCAAGCACUCCUACCUGGCAGCAAGCAGAACAGCAGUGGGAACAUCAUCCCUCGAUCUGCGUCCACCGGUAAUUGUGUCUCGCUUUCAAAACCAGUCACGCCCCGUGAGCAAGCCAGAUCUCCUUCAUCCGUGUCUAAUCUUCAGCCUGCUAUUGACUUGUCUGUGGUUGGCGUGCCCAGUGCCUCCCAUAUACCAUCACCCAGAUCGCCCGCUGACAAAAGACGGCACAAUAGCGUAUUUACUGUGGCUGACGCGCAGAACUUUCAUCAUAAUUACAGUCCAAGGAAGUUCUCGGAUACCGGCCCUCAUCUACAAUUAGACCCUGCCCAGCUGCCCAACAAUAGCAGGCGUACGCAAAGCUAUAACAAACAGAGCAGGGACUACUUCAAGAGGAACCUCAAGUUGAAGGACAACCGUGUGAAGUCUACGCUACGACGUCACGCCAUGUCUGGUUACCAGAGCCAGCUGCCCGCAGACUUCAUAGACGAGUGUACCCUGGAGGCUUUGUCUAAGGAAGACCUGCUUGUUUUGUGGAAGAAAUCUGAAAUCGAUCUGGAAAGUAAACUCAGUGAGGUUCUGGCAAGAAACCGUCGUCUGAGCAUGGCUAUCGACUACCUGACGUCAGAGCCUGACAAGGCGCGGGAACCAGAAGAGGUCUGAGGAUGACCAAACCCAAGCCAAGAGUGGACAUAACUGAUUUAAUCUUUUUUUAUUGGACGAUCACAACGUCGUCAACAUGGAGAAAAGUCACAGAAAUUGAUGUACAGGAACAUUUCAAGACAUAGUAUAGCAUCAAGCGGCUAAGAAAGGAUGAAGAAAUGGUGCUCAUUUGACCUUAUGCAGUUGCGGCCCCCCCAAAC